AAGGGCAGGGGAGGCAGCGGCCGCGACCAGCUGCACUGUCGCAGUGACCAGCGAGGCAACCAGCGGGAGAGACGAGCCGAGGAGGAGGGCCGCCAUUUUAAAACCUUCCCCCUCCCUCUCCGAUCCCUCUCCUCGCCCCGCCCCACGAAUCCCAGCCUCGCAUUCGCCUCCGGCUGACGGCGCAAGCGGCGGCGAAACCCGCCCGCACCGUUUCCGUCCCUCUCUAGCCGUUGCGCGGCGGUUGUUCGUGUGGGGGCGCCGUGGUGGGCUGACCCGAGGUGGGGUUGUCGCUAGGGUUUUUGGGGGCGCGCCGGCAUGGGGGAGCGGUACAACAUGGAGACGCCCUUCGGGGUGAAGGGGCUGCACCGGGUGCUGCAGCGAGUCGCCAGCCACACCCACGCCUUCGAGGUGGGCUCCUACUUCCUGCAGGGCUACUACAACGUGCUGGCCAACUGCCCGGAGCGGGCGUUCGAAUUCUACAAGGGUGGCAGCACUGCGGUGAGGCUGGACUGCCAGACGAUGAAAUCCUCGAUCGCGGGGACUGUUCAGGAAAUCAAUGACAUGAUCAUAUCAAUGAAUAUACGCAAGGUUGAGGUCAAAACAGCUAAUUUCGUGGAGUCAUGGGGUGGGGCUAUCCAGAUGUUGGUUACUGGCCUAGUGCAAUUAAAGGACUACCCCAUUCGCAAGAGAUUUGCUCAGACUAUGCUUCUUGCUCCUCAGGAUAAUGGAUAUUUUGUAUUCAGUGACAUCUUUAAGCUCAUCUGUGAUGAGUAUGAUUACUAUGAAGUUGCUGAUUACAAUCGUACUGACAACAUUACCCAGAUUGAUGCUCAUAAUACCAUGACUGAAACAGCUUCUGAUUGUAUGCUUGAAGAUUUCGAGGCAAAGGAGGCUUUUGCUUCUGUUGAUUUUGAGGAAAGGGACCCUGCUUCUAUGCCUGAUUAUCAGGAAGUUCAGCAGCAAGAUACUUUGGAUUAUGGGGCUGUGAUUGAUGAUAAUUCACCUUCCGAAGAGCCUACUCCCUUGCUUCUCAGUUCAACUGACUGUAAACAGGAUGCACCUCUUGACCAUAUAGUCCAUCCUUCCACGCUUACCCCUGAGGAAGAGCCUAUGGGAGAACCAGCCAAACAAACAUAUGCUUCAGUGCUGCGAACAAAGGGACACCCUAGCCAUCAGGCCAUGAUGAGGACUGUGGAGUCACAACAGAAUGGACAGAUGACUAAGCAGGUUCAGCCUGUGCAUGAAAAAUCUAACUUGGACACCCAUCAUGAUGCUAGUGUCCCUGAGGAUGACGAAGAGUUUUUGUCAGUUUAUGUUGGGAACCUUUCUCCAUCUACGUCAGUCUUUGAUCUUGAGAAGGUAUUCCAGGCUUUUGGAAAAAUUAGACCUGAUGGAGUUGCCAUUCGAAGCCGCAAGGAGGCUGGAGUUUUCUUUGGUUUUGUUGAGUAUGAAGACAUGUCUGGUAUCCAGAAUGCUUUGAGUGCAUCUCCAAUAGAACUGAAUGGUCGCCUAGUACAUGUUGAGGAGAGGAGGCCUAACAGUGGAAUCUAUCGUGGAGGUGGAGCAAGACGGGGGAGAGGAAGAGCUGCUGAUUUCUCCAGGGGUCAAUCAGGUGGGCGGUAUGAUGGGGAUUAUGCUACUCGGUCGAAGGGAAACGGUUACCAAAGAAGGGGUUGACGCCAGUACGAUGGCUGCAGCCAAUUUCUCAUCUGCUAUGCUGGUGAACGGUCGUACCCCUUCUCAACAUGGUCCGGUCCGGCCAUAUUUUUGUCACAACAAAGCGUAAUAUUAGGUGGUAGUCAUUUUUGGAUGGGCUGCUGUUACCAUUUUGUUACAGUUUCUGCCGUCGUCCGGUCAGAACAAAACCUCAGUUGCAACGACCCGGAAAGAUUCCAUGAUGCUAUCGAUGACAUGGUGCCCGACUGUCCGUUGAGAACACCAUUGAAAAGUUUCUGGUUUCAGUGAUAUGUUUUAGGAAUCCUGCCAUGUGCUUGUAGUAUGGCAGCGGCUGGCGAGUUUCCUGCCUUGCGAAUAGCUUGAUUAAAACUUGUGUUCCGAUCAAAUGUUUAAAAUUUUUAAUUUCAUCAAUUAAAUUCAGUCAUUGUCUUUAGAUGAUAAUGUCAAGGCAUGUACACGUAAGUCAAAAAGCC